AUGGAGGACCAGCGGAGGACUCUGACACUCGGGAGACUCACGAGGAAGUCCCGGGUCUCCAAGGAGACGAAGCUCCGGCUGCGCGUGAUCUUCCUGGAUGAUAGCGAGCGCACGUUCGAGGUGGAGCAAAAGGUUUUAGGUGGGGACUUCUUCAACAAAGUGUGUGGUCAUCUGAAGCUGCUGGAGAAAGAGUACUUCGGGCUGGAGUUCAGACACCACAGCGGCAACUACGUGUGGUUGGAGCUGCUGAAACCGCUCGCCAAACAGAUUAAAUACACCAGCGAUCUGUUCUUCAGGUUUAUAGUCAAGUUCUUCCCACCAGAUCCUGGACAGCUCAAGAGAGGCCUCACUAGGUAUCUUUUUGCCUUACAGAUAAAGCAGGACUUAUCCAAUGGAAGUCUGACCUGUAAUGACAACAGUGCUGCCCUGCUAGUGUCGCACAUACUACAAUCAGAAUUAGGGGAUUACGACGAUGAGUUUGACUGCCAGCACUUAGAGAUGAAGCAGUACGUCCCCAACCAGGAGUACAUUGACCACAAGAUCAUCAAGUUCCACAAGAAACACAGAGGUGCAAGUCCAGCAGAGUCUGACAUCCACCUCCUAGAGGUGGCAAGGAAGUUGGACAUGUAUGGCAUCAGGCCUCACCCUGCCCAUGACGGAGAGGGUAUGAGGAUAAAUCUGGCCGUCACACACUCUGGAGUUCUGGUCUUCCAGGGGAACACCAAAAUCAACACAUUCAGCUGGGCCAACAUUCGCAAGCUGAGCUUCAAGCGGAAACAUUUCCUCAUCAAACUCCAUGAAAAAGUUGGGCCAUCUGGUAAGGACAUUUUAGAGUUCUCCAUGGCCAGUCGAGAUGUGUGCAAGUCCUUCUGGAAGAUGUGUGUAGAGUAUCAUGCCUUCUUUAGACUGGCAGAAGAGCCCAAGACGAUACAAAAAACUCUCCUGUCUAGUAAGGGAUCCAGCUUUAGAUACAGUGGUAGGACUCAGAAACAGCUGCUGGAGUGUAUGGGAUCUAGGGAAAAGAAGACUUCACACUUUGAAAGGACCUACGGUCAGUCAGACUUUGAUCCACGCCACUGCCGCUCCUCUCCUGACCUCCUCACAGAUGUCUCUAAACAGUUGUACGAAGAGGACUUCCCUCUAUCUGGUCACGCCAUGGGGGUCCGGAGUGAGGAUGAGAUGGACCCGUAUCCCCAAGGUGCUUACGACUUUGAAAUGGAUGGAGGGGGUGCAAGACGUCACCAAUCACCCUUUGAGUUCCCACAUAGGACCCGCCCUUUCAUCCGAGUGACUCCUCUUUCUCCAUCUCUACACCAAUUUGCCCCCUCGCCCAAGAUGAGAUGUGCCUCCACAUCAGUGAUGGACGAGACGAGAGGGGGGCGUCUUGGGGCACAGCGCCAAGCCCAAAGGUUAGCGGGCAUCUACGGCAACCGCUCACGGCGUCGGCCAAAUCCCCAGCCCCAUCCAGACGCUGCUCAGCAGUUGGUUCUUUUGUACCCAAACACUCCGGCUUAUCAUUACCACCCUGUCCUCCCAUCAUUUCCUUUUGCCAGUUCUUCACCACUCAACAGACAUCCAUAUUUGGCAGACUAUGUUUCCGUUUCUUCACUGGAGCGUUUCCCCCAGCCAAGGAGGCGGGAUUAUGUGGCAAUGGAUGGGUUAUCACGACCAGCUUUCUAUCCUAUAAGCCAUGACUCUCCGUCCAGCUCUCCAAUAAGGAGAAACCUGCGCCCAGCCAGUUCAGGGGGUCUGGGUUUGCCAAGGGUUUAUCAUCCAGGAAGCAAUGGAGCAAGGUUUAUGGGUGCUGGACAUACAGAGGCGGGGCAUUACAGCGAUGACUGCAAAUUCCUCCCAGGGUUGCCUCGCCGUGUGGCGAGCCAGCCAGAUGUCAAAUUUCACUUUUCAAGAAGUGCCAACCCUGCUUUUGACCCCGCCUCUGAAUUCCGUCCCCUAGGCUACUACCCUCAUCUGACACGCCCCUCAAGACCCACCUACCUCCCAUUAAACUCUUCCCCUCUCCCAGACCGACCUGCCUCGAUGUGCAUGAUUGGCGGCACCGCAGGGAGCUACAGCGACUCAGAACCUGAAGUUUUCUAUCCAUAUUACUGCCCACCACCCCCCAUGGGGAAAAUGGUACGGUCCACUGGACUAGCCAGGAUGAGGUUUUCCUCUGGGAGCCUCCAACUAGAUGAGGAAGAUGAGGGGGAGGAGGAAGAGCAGGAGGAGGCGGCAGCAAAGGAGAAAGCAAAAAAAGAGUCAAAGGAUGAAGAAGAGAAAAAAGAAAAGACAGAAGACAAGCCAAAAAGUCCUGCAAAGGUUACGAAAGUCACGAUUUAGAGGAAGAUGAAGAGAAUUCAAAGCCUGCAAGAUUCAUGAUGUGAUCACAUGCAAACGUAGGAUGGU